CAAACGAUGAUGAAGCUUAUUUUACCAACGCGAGCAGAAACCCUAGUGUUGUUAUCCUGGUACAUUGUAUGCGCAAAAAUGGCCUCCGUAAGCAUGCAAUGGAAAAAUAAUACAAACAUUUAAGAAUGCUAUAAGACGAAAAUCAAAACAAAUGAGCUAACCCGUCCUGGUUUUCUCUGGGAAUCAAACUAAACCUCUUUGUAUUUGUACAAUAUUCCCUACCAUAUCGUUGAGGCAAACCACGAAAUCCUUUUGAAAUGAUGCAGCUCACAAGAAGAUUAUUGGACCCAAAGAGGGCUUUAAUCACAUUUCGGUUACUCAACAUCGAGAAGCAUUUGCCAUUCAUUUAUCAGGUAAGCGCAACACACCCGUUUUACUCAAUUUCAAAUGCAAACAUUUAUACAAAUGCCCGAAUCAUCAAUUCAAGGAUAUUACAAUAUUCUUGUAGUUUGCAAGAAAGAUGGUACCUUCAAAGACCAUUUUCAUCAAAACCCUCGAAAGUUAGCAGAGAGGAAACAAGUAAUACUGCUAAAGAUGAGGACUGUGAAUUGAUUUGCCAGGUUGUAAACCAAACAGAAUGGUCCGAUAAAAUUGAAACUGAAUUGAGCUCUCUAAAUAUUAAGCUCUCUAAUUAUAUUGUAUUGUCUGUACUGCGAAACCUUAAACAAACCCCAGAGACAGCGUUGAAUUUUUUCAACUGGGCAUCCACUAAAACUGAGUUCAGUCACACGUCUAGCACUUACAAUGCAGUGAUUAGGAUUUUAGGGCAGAAGUCAUGCAUUGAUCAAUUUUGGAGUAUUGUAGCAGAAAUGGCCAAUGAAGGCCACGAGAUUCGGAAUAAAACAUAUCGUGAAAUCCUGGGAAGGUUCCUUGAUAGUAAUAUGGUGGAGGAUGCUGUGGCUUUGUUUGUUUUGAUGAUGGGUAGUGAUAAAAAUAAGCCUUCUAACCUGGACUGUAGGAUCAUUCUGCACCACCUCUCGUCGUCUGGUAGUCCUGAUAUUGAUUUGGUUUAUAGAGUAUUAGAAACUUUUGAGAAUGGCAAUGGAAAAUUUAACAAGGAAACAUAUGAUGCUGUUCAUCGGUGUCUAACGAUGGCUGAUAGAUUUGAUGAGGCUGUAGGAGUUAUGAAGACUAUGGAGGAGGCUGGUUUUUUGCCAGAUAACAGUACUUUUAGUCAACUUGUGUUUGGGCUCUGCAAGGCUGGGACCCUGGAUGAGGCUUGUCGAGUCUUGGAUGCGAUGAAAGAGCUGGGGUGCACCCCUAAUCUCAAGACAUGGAAUAUUUUGAUUGAUGGGCAUUGUAAGGCCGGGCAGAUAGAUCAACUGCUUAGUUAUUUUGAGUUAAUGGUGGAAAGUGGCGGCAGUGCUGACGGCGAAGUUCUGGACACUUUAGUCAAGACUCUCUGCAGUCAAAACAGAAUAGAGGACGCUCACAGUUUUCUGUGUAAAAUGAUAAGUAAUAAAGGCUUGAAGGUUUCACGGGGCACAUUCAAGGAGUUGCUGCAGAAAUUGGUAAGUGCAGAAAGGUUGCAAGAUGCCAUAAAACUCUCAGAUCUAAUGUUGAAGCAGGGUUUUCCAGCUAUUGUAGAUCCUUUCUAUAAUCUUUUUGCUCGGUGUGGGACAGUGGAAGGGGCUGUAGAUUUCCUGACUAAGGUGACCAGAAACAUUCCUCGUUAUCUGGCUGUUGAAUUAUACUUUACAAUGCUUAAUGCAUUUUGCAAAGCAGGGAAAAAGGCUGAAACUCAGCUUUUACUAUCCAGGUGCCCUCGUAAUAUUCAACGGAAUCCUGAUCUUUUAUUCCAAUUUGGUUCUGGAGAUACUCCUAGUGCAGCUCAGACCACUUUAAAGACAUAAUUGCAAAAUUUGGUUGGAAAAUAGAAGAGCCAAUAUUUUGAAAAUGCCAUAUUUUCCAGCAACAACCAAAUGGUCCAAAAGGACAAAUACUGUUUGUAUUGGGGAGACAACUGAUGAACUAUGAUCGUUGAGUUUUAUUUGUAAAGUAUGUAUUUUCUAUUGACUUA